GAUCAAGCGUCUUGUUUGUUUUGUUUUGUUGACAUUUGCCGCCCAUAAUCAAUAAUCGAAAUGAAGACAUGAAGAACUGAGAAGUGGAACUAAGUUGCAGCGCCACUAUUUUCCUGCACGACGGAGGCUUUUGGGCAAGGAUGAGGGAUCUUCAAGCCAUUGACAGCUUGCUCUUGAAGGAGUUGAAGUCAUGCUGUGCCAGGGAGUUCAACUUUCUACCCAGAGAGACUGGCCUGAAGCUGAUGGAGUCAGCCUCCGCAGAGAGUCACAGCACAGUGUCUGCGAAAUGCAGAGACGCCAGAGUGGAAGAGCUGUGGGGCCUGACCAGUUUCUUUGGCUACAGCACCCAAACAUUUGUUCAAGCUGUCAAUUUGCUUGACAGAUUCCUCACCAUUAUGAAGGUGCAGCCCAAGCACUUGCCCUGUAUUGGAGUCUGUUGUCUUCACAUUGCUGCCAAAAUGGUUGAGGAAGAGAGCAAUGUCUCACCCACCCAAGAGCUAAUUCGCAUCAGCCAAAGCAAGUUCACUGUGUCAGACCUGUGUCGCAUGGAGAGAAUCAUCUCAGAGAAGCUCAGUGUGGAGCCCGAAGCAGUCACAGCCUUAACCUUUCUACACCUCUACUACUCGGCCUUCACAUCUCUGUCUGCUGGAAGGGAGGAGAUCCCAAGCAUUGCGAGACUGGAAGCCCAGCUAAAAGCCUGCUUAUGCCGUCUUGUUUUCUCUAAAGCAAAACCAUCGGUGCUGGCCCUGUCCCUCAUUGCUCAGGAGUUUGACGCCCUCCAGUCCACCACCUUGUUGAAGAUUGUGCAGCAAUUCCAAAGAUAUCUAAAGAUCAGCGAUAGCGAGCAGCUCUACUGGAAGGAACUUGUGGCCAAGUGCAUGGCAGAAUACUCCUCAAGCGAAUGUAACAAACCAGACAACAAAAAGCUUGUUUGGAUUGUGUCCAGGAGAACAGCACAGAAUCUUCAGGCAAAUCAUUUCAGUGUACCUGGCCUGCCCACUAUUCCUGAGGGGAGCUGGGACGAGAGUGAAAGUGAGGACUCUUGCGAGGACAUGAGCUGCGGAGAAGACAGCCCAUGCGGCUCGCCAGGAAGUGAUGGUGAAGGAGCCUUCUUUCCCUCCGUAUUUCGCAAGUGUAGAAAGUGAUGAGUUGUCACCGUGCAGUAGUGAUGGAUGUGUCCCCCCCCCCCAGUUAUUACUGAUUUAAAGUGGUCACCAUGUUUCAGAGCAAACCUGUGUGCUUCACUUGUCAUACCGUGUGCACCCUAGGUAUCCUAAGUGACAGGUUUCAGUCAUGAAGUGCCUGUGUUUAGUCAGUUUUACUGUCUGUCUUUUAACAAAACAUAUCGUAAUUAUGCAAAAUUGUAAUAUCUCGGCAGCUCGAUGGUUAUAUAUCUGAAUGUCUUUUUCCAAGAUGUUCUCUUUGUGUUUGUUUGUGUCCGAGCUCGGCACAUUCCAGGAAGAACAGUGAAGCACAAGGGAGAGUUUACGGAUGUCAGUCAUGAGGCACCAUCACUGUUGAACACCAGCUAACACACUAGCACAUCCUCAAUCUUUUUCUUUUUUAGUUUUUAUACUCGAUAUCAUCAUACAGUAUUCUGCAAAUGUACGUUAUACACAAUUCAAAUGUGACAUAUAAGACAUUGUAGUGUGAAAACACCAGACUGUAUAUGCAUGGAAACAUUGAAAUACGUGUGAUGAAAGGAUGUCGUUCAUGUUUACCAAGAUAAGCUUACUGUAAAAAAAAAGAAAAGUUUAAAAAAAAUGUACAUAACCUGUAAAACAAAAGGAGAAAAAAUUUUAUGUUUUGUGAAUGUUAGAUAAUGUGUUUGUAUUUGCAUAUAAUGUGAAACAUGUUAGAAGGGUCAGAAAAAGCCCUCUAAAUAAAAA